GCCGUUCCCUGGCGUCCUCCGGUUGCUAAGGGAGAGGCUGCGGCGCCUCCGGCUCGCUCCUCACGCCAGACCGCGGUCGCUCGUGGGCCUGGGCCGGAGCUCUCGGCAACGUCCUGAUAGAUGACGGGAGACCUCCACCCUCCGAGCCUCCUGCCCGCAGCGGCGAUGGAACCCAGGGAAGCAGCGGCAGCCGGCGUUCCUUCGACAUCCCAUCCUCCACGGCUGGACCGAAGCGACAAGAGGGCCCCGCAGAACCAGCUCCAGUUCAGUCGGACGGCGCCUGCCCUGGCCCAGAACCUGCCUGUGCGCUACAGCAGCCCCCGCCCCAUCGUCAUAGAGAAGCUGCCACAGCCGGAGAGCCGGCGGGAUCGAGGGGCCGGCGAUGGACUGGACGCCCGGGGCUCCGUGGAGUUUUCCGUCGUCUCCGAAGAGGAGCUCAACCGAGCCGUCCAGCUGGCCAGGAGGGACGUGAAGCGCCGGCACCUGAAGGAGCAAGCGAGGCAGCAGCAGCAGCUGCUCAGGAAGGAGGCGGGGCCGGCCGGCUGCCCUCGGGGCCACGAGUCCCGCGGGCAGCUUGCAGGGCCGAGAGGCUCCCGGGCCCUCCUGAGAGCUGGGCGCCAGAUGGGCCUCCGCUCCCAGAUGGAGACGCCGGCCUCCAGGGCCAAGGUCUUCCUCUACGCGCCCACGCGGGCCGCGUCGGACCCGGCUCUGUCCGACUCGCCCCCCACCCGUGACCCGGGGCCCGGCCCCCCCGCACCAGUCCUCAGGAAGGAGGAGCAGCAGCAGGAGGACAAAAGCAGCCGGGAGAUCUGGUGCUUGCAGAAGGAGCUGCAGCUCUACAUCCAGAAGAUUGAAGAGCUGGCCAGGAAAGAGAGAAGUGAGAAAAUGUUGGAUCCUGAUGAAGAGCGGCGCGUCCGUGUCCGGAGGCAGGAACAAGCCGUGCGCUCGGCCCGGAUGCUCUACGUGCUCCAGCAACAGGUAAAAGAAAUCCAGGAGGAUCUGGAGAAGCUGAGUCCUCAUAAAACCAAGCACACAAAGAAGUCCCGAGCCAUGGCCCGGUUGGCAGCAGCUCAUAGAGGAGCCAUCCGGGCCCUGCAGGCCUUUGUUGCCCACUGCGCUGACCAGCCGGAGCAGCGGCCGGCCCCGGCCCAGUGCAAGGAGCUGGGCCACCUCGUCCGGCAGCUCUCCCUCUGCUCCGCCCGCCUCGAGAUGGACUCCUGCGUGCCGGACAUCGUCAUAGACCUCCUGCUUCAAAUAGAGGACUUGGACGCUCUGCUGGCGCGGAAGGCGUCUCCCAGGAGUGGGCUGGAAGGGCUCCCCGCCUCCCAGGCCGACCCACUGAAGGGCCCCACCGGAUUGCCCAGGCGGGAGAAGGCGGCUUGCGCCUUGGAGCCCAGGAAGCCGCCAGUGGCCAGGAGGCUGCUCCCCGAUGCGCAUCCUGAGCCUGAGGGCAUCCUGGCUCCCCCCAAGAGAAGCAGCCCCGGCGGCAGCGCUGCGGCCCAAGCCAGGCGGGAGGCCCUGGGGAGGCCGGGGGCUGGCCUUGAGCGCGCCCCCCCACGGAAGAGCGGUCUCCUGGUUUCCACCAGACCACAGGGCAGUUCUCGGCCGCCCAGGGCGAAAGUAGCGCCGCCGCCCGUAGCCAAGCAGGCCCGGUUCCAAGAGCCCACCGUCGCCUUCCGGCUCAAGGAGACGAAGCCGCCCGUCCGCGAGAGCAGGACCCCCUGGCUGCCCCCCAGCCUCGCUUCCCCCCUGGCCUCGUCUCAGCGGCACCCAGAGAGAAGCCCCAGAAGCCGAGACCCUUCUCUAGGCGGAGAGGCGGCGGGCGAAGGGAAACUCGGCACCCCUAAAAAAGACGCACUCAGGGCUGACGGCACCUAUCCGACCCAGAGCAUGGAGGAGGAGGAGGCCGGGCGCGUGGUCCAGGAGCGUCUGGAGCCCCUCUUGGCAAAAGCUCAGAGGGCGAAUCUCUCCGUGGGAAGCGGAAGCAGCAGCAGCGCCGGCCCGAAGGAGCCCUUGAGGGACCCCCCGCAGCGGCCCCCGGAUGCCGGGAAGGUGUCUGCUGCUUUGGAGCUGGGCAAGAAGGCGGAGCGUGAGCCGGAUCCUGCGCUCAGCGCCUCUGACCUGGAGACGAUGCUGCAAAGGAUGGAGGAAAUUGAGCGCUCCCAAGAGGCCGUGCGCAGGAGAUACACCCGGGUGGUUUACUCUGAUCCCGAAUUCUGGGCCCAGGAGGAGAGGAGGGGGAGCGCGUGCGCCACGGAAGACCCGACAGCGCCUCAUCCCAUCCAGAUAACGGAGACGGGGCGUCGCAAAGAGCUGCAAGUGGAUAUUGUGUUAGGGAAGCCCCUGGACGCCAAUGCCGUGGAGGGGGACACGGAGGCGGCAGAUGAGCCCCGGCGUGGCGCUCCGCAUCCCUCGGCGUGGCGCGUGGCUCCCCAAAAGGAGGUGGCCAGCGCCUUCCUCUCGGUGCCCAAGGACGUGCUCCAGAGCAUCUGGGACUACGGGGCCCGAUUCGAGCAGCACCUGAAGCGCCUCUCCCACGAGGCGGUGGGCAACUUCGACCCCUGGCACGUCGCGGAGAACCUGGCGGAGCAGCUGGCCGAGGAGGCUGUGGCAGACGUGGCGGCUGAGCUGCAGGGGCUGUGCGAGGACUACGCGGAAGCCGUCUUCACCGCCGAGUUCCUGCAAGCGGCCGAGUGAGCGGCGCUGCUCCUCCUCCUCCUCCUCCUCCUCCUCCGUCAUCGGCCCUGGGCAACUGCUGUCCGGAAGGAACCGCCGCAGACCUGCAAGGAAAGACUCUGCCUUUGGGGUGGGGGGAUUUUAGGGCUCCCAAACCGCUCCCUCCGUGCCGGGGCGGCCCAGUCCUCCAGGAGGCAGGGCUGCACAUUCUGACCUGCGUUUGCACCCUGGACUCCCUACUGGGGUCCUACUUGGGCCCCUUCGGCGGUCCAGGCGGUGUUGGGUGGGCACGGGGGGGGGGGCGGUGAUUGUGGAAGCUCUGCUUCUGCAGCCUUUGUGGUCAAGCCCCUUCCCCCCUCCCCCCGCAGCCAGGGGCCUGUGAGUCCCCAGAUCAAGGCUUGGGCCGACAUUGUGGGAACUUCACUGGUGGUGUUGUGGUGCUCCGUGUGAGAAAGGCCCUCUGUCCGUGCCCCGUGAGACCCUUCCCCUGCCUCCCAUCCCGUGUGAUUUGCCUGCUGUUCCAUCCUGCAGGAGGGAAGGGAAAGUCCUGAGGGAGUUGCCGCCGCUGCCACCGCCGGGCACUUGAACCGCCCCGUUGCGCAGAGUGCCAUUUCUGAGGCUGAGAGGUUUCCCCCAAAGCCCGUCCUUUCUAAAAUAAAAUGUAAAGCUUUAUUUUUCUAUUGCGUGAUUUAAGAUCCCACUUUGGGUAGAGGUAAUAUUUAUGACACACUGGAAGGUUUUGUGCAUUAAAGCAGUCAAUUCAA